AUGUCCGGCACCUGCAUCUCCCUCGCAGGCUCCACGCAGUGUCCCGCCUUCAACACAUCCUCCAUCUCAACUAGCUCCAGUCUCUACUCGGAUUUUCCUUUCAUGCAGAAUGUGUCCAACGUCACUACCUUUGACGAACAAUUGAGCAAUUACGUGAGCUCAACCUACAUCCAACGAAAAUAUGUCCAAUACCUCGGGUGCCAGGAUGCGAACCUGACCAACACCGGCGACUUCUACGCGCGCUACACCACCAGUACCAUUUGCUCGGGCUUGGUUCAGAGCUCCAAAAACGCCUGUCACCUGUCCGAUCAGGAUUCAAGGCCUCUCUGUGCUCAAUCAUGCGCUGCCAUGGCGGAAAGCGAGGAGUCGAUUCUCGUCAAUUCGGCGCUGUGUCCCAAGAGAGCUAGCAAUUACAUGGACCAGAUCGUUUCCGACUUCACCAUAUGUUCCCACCCCGCCGAUUCCCUGACCGUGAGCUGCAUCGAUGGUUCCGACAACGAACCGGACGAGUGUGGAUUUCGUUCCAACCUUGUGGGUUUGUGCGGAUAUUGCGGCUCCAGCUCUCCCAACUCCACCGAUUCCUGCUGUGUCAAUGCCAAAGCCGAAACCCGCUGCAAAGAUAUCAGUGUUCCCUACCCGACUGCAACGAUCCACUCCAUUUUCACCACGACCUCCAACGCAACCGCCGGGGGUCACUCGAACGGUCUCUCAGGGGGACAAAUUGCCGGUGUCGUGAUUGGAUCGGUAGCUGGCUUCGCCCUCCUGGUGGCAUUGAUCGCGUUCGGCCUGAUCUACUGGUGUCGCAAGCGUCGGGGCCAGAAUCAAAGCGUUCUGAACCAACCCAACCCACAGCGCAAGGGCUUCGUCUCGAUGAUGCAACAACCCCCCAGCCCAACCCACGCGGCGGUUCCUGGGGGACGAGUGGCCCGUAUGUCAGCACUGCGCGAGGUUCCCAGCGCGUCCCCAGCGCGGUCACGCACCUCGAACGCCUUCUUCGGUGGUGCCAAGUACAGCGAUUCGUCUGACUCGGAAGGAUAUGGUGCCAGUCCGGGAGCCAUGUCCAAGAAAAUUCCCCCGACAACGGGCAAGCGUCAUGGGUCUCUUUCGAGCCAGUCGGCCCUGGCAGGCGGUGGUAGUGACACUUCUCCUCGUUCCGGCACUGUCGGACAGUACUCGUCCCCCGAAGGAAUGGCCAGCGGACAAUCCGAGCAGUUGUCCUCCUUCCAGGACUAUUACUCCCAGGAUGACAUUCACCCCGGCGACAAGGUCGCGGUCUUGUGGGCGUAUCAACCUCGGGCGAAUGAUGAGUUUGCGUUGGACCGUGGAGAGAUGCUGAAGGUGAUUGGCAUUUGGGACGAUGGCUGGGCCACAGGCAUUCGUGUUCCCGAAAGUGCUGAGGAUUACGACGCACGACACCGCGAGCAACGCGACAGUGGUGUUUCGAAUGGCUCCCAGCGCCCAGUUGCCUCCCCGGCCCCGGUGGGCGAGAUUAAGGCAUUCCCUCUGGUUUGUGUCUGCCUACCUCAGCACUGGAGAAAAAUCAUCGACGGCGGUCAAGCGGACGAUGGUUCAUGA